AUGCCUCUCGAAUUGCCAAAGCAACUACCACGUAAGAGGAAAGUUGAUCAUAAAAUUAAAUUAGAGUUAGGAGUGAAGCCGCCUGCCUCAGCACCUUAUAGGAUGGCACCGGCAGAAUUUGAAGAAUUGAAGAAACAACUCAAGAAUUUGCUAGAUGUUGGAUUCAUCCAUCCAUCUAAGAAGUUUAUCAACGGAUACUCCACCAAGGCUGCACCAUUAACUGAUCUUCUCAAGAAGAAUCACUCGUGGGAAGAAGAACAAGAACUAGCACUGUCCAACUACUCAAAGGUGUUUGAAGUCUACACUAAUGCUUCUAACUAUGCUAUUGGAGGGGUUCUGAUGCAAGAAGGACAUUCUAUUGCCUUUGAGAGUCACAAGUUGAAUGAUACAGAGAGAUAA